AAAAAACUUUGUGAUGUGGAUCCCUUUGGUACGUGAUUAAUUACAAUCAAUUUUAAAGUUUUCUACCGAAAACAGUAGUGCACGAUGUCGUCCGCCACGGUACCGCUCCUGGACGACACCGUACCCUUUGGUGACGAAGAGGAACUCAACCCGAAUGGUACGCCUAAGCAAUUGAGCCACCCGUAUGUGACCUUCUUUCACAUAUUUUUCCGCGGAGCCGCUAUCGCGACGUACCUUUUCUGGGGUCUGUUCAACGAUUCGUUCAUCAAGUGUUUCCUGCUGGUGGUGUUUUGGCUGUCGGCGGAUUUCUAUCUGGUGAAGAAUCUGAGUGGCCGACUGCUGGUGGGGAUGCGCUGGUGGAACUACGUAGACGACGAUGGUCGAUCUCAUUGGGUGUUCGAAUCAAAGAAGGGUGAAAGCGGUUACGAGUCCAGGGUGAAUCCACACGAGGCACGGAUCUUUUGGACAGCGUUGGUCGUCUGUCCUGUCUUGUGGGGACUGUUCUUCGUGGUGGCACUGUUCGGAUUCAAGUUCAAGUGGAUGCUACUGGUCAUGAUUGCUCUCUCGUUGAAUGGAGCCAAUCUGUACGGUUAUAUCAAGUGUAACUUUGGAGCCAAUGCUAACCUGCAGGCGACGACCGCCGAUUUCGUUCGAAGCCAGGUCCUGAAGAACGCCGUCAGUUUGAUUAGUCAACCGAGCACCAGCUCGGCGCAGAAAACUACCACUGUAGCUUAAAAUUAUCUAAAUGUACUAUGUCAGUAGUGUAUGUGUAG